CAUUGUAUCGGGACUAGAUCUUUAUAAAUAUUUUAUAUUACUAUCAGAAGAAAACAUGUUUACCGUAAAGUUAUUUUAUGUGUCAGUAUUUGCUACAUAUUGGUUCAAUACUUCUUUCGGAGUGAAAACUAUAUCAAAGAAAGUAAAUCUCCCUUUAUUAGAGGAGAUAACGAUCACAUCACCAGGAUAUCCAUGGACAAACUAUGAACGGGACACAAUUUAUAGAUGGAUGGUGACAGCACCUGACGUCACAGAAGAGAUACAUAUAAGGAUAGACUUGGAUAUUCACCAAACUGCAGGAUUUGCAUGUUAUGACUACUUGAAGAUAGAGGAAAUCACAAAUGAUAUUUUCGGGCUCUUUAAACAAUGUGGGAGACGAACAGCUUAUAGAGUAGCAAGUGGAUGCAAACUAAUGAUCAUUCUCUUCUCGAAUUUCGACAUAUUUACGGGUAAAGGUUUUCGACUACGUCUUAAAGUCUCGAAGAUCUCAACAAGACCGACAACUUUAGCAACAACUUUCCGAUUGUCAAAGAUAAUAACGACAGCGGCGGCAAUUAAAACGUCAAGGACAACAUCAACGAAAAAUUCAUAUCCUCAAAAAUCCAAAACUAGAAUAAAAACAACUCUAAAAAUAUUUUCAACCCCUUCAACAAAAGAAAUUACAACAAGAAAACAAACAAAACCAACUUUUCCAGAAUCGACAGCUACUCAUCUAACAACAUCAAAAGAGAUUACGAGUGAAGUUUUGAGUUCUUCACCAAGAAAAACGAUAAAAACAACUUUUCUACAUUCUACAGCUAUUCAACCAGCAACAUCAACAGAGAUUGCGACUGAAGUUUUGAGUUCUUCACCAGGAAAAACGAUAAAAACAACUUUUCUAGAUUCUACAGCUAGUCAACCAGCAACAUCAACAGAGAUUACGACUGAAGUUUUGAGUUCUGAACCAGUAACAUGGGACAGAUCAAUGUCACCACUGCCUUCAACAAGAGGGAUUAUGGGAGCAUCUACUGUUCUCUCGGAAUUGCUUUCAGACUCGCAACAAAAGAUACUGAACUCGACAAGCACAACACUGAAUGCUGUGACAUCAACGGAAACCACAUCGUUUGUUCUCAGUCGAGAAAUAGUAGUUCUGAUGGUGGGUAUUGUGAUGGUAGAAGUUACGAUAAUAAUUGUGGGUAUCCUAGCAGUCAAGCGAUUUAGACAGAAAAAAAACAACACGACAAGACGCAGUAAAGAAAAUGUCGUUCGACCUGUCUCUAGAAAGACAGUCUGCAGCAUUGAUAACGUAUAUUCCACAAUUCCAGAGGAAGAAUUCGAUGAGAACCCAUAUAAAGAGCUCUCUGAAGGGGUGUAUGAUACAACCUCAAAACGAAGAUCUCAUGUCAAUGGUAACUGGAACGAAUAUUCCAGGGGAAGUUUUUAUUCUCGUCUGUUUCGAAGUUCAAAAGUAAGCGGAGGCAGGCCAGUAGAAGAAACACACCCAAUGUUUUCAACAUUCAGAGAUUCGAAAAAGGAAACAAAGUAAUUAGGUUCAACUUGCACGACCGUUAAGGUGAACAAAGUAAAAAU